AUGGCUACAAUGGAUAUGGGCUUCUUGCCUACGAUUAAAUGCUCCAGCUGUGGGAACAAUGUCGAGAUCUCCGCCAUGGGGGACCAUGUAUGUGCCCCAGUCAUCCAUGGUAUAACAAACAAGCGUGAAUAUACUAACUCAUAUUUAGCCCCUAUUGCACCUCCAUCACCACCACCAUCAGCUGGGUUCGAAUCACCAAAUCAAUUGACAGCGGCGAUGGCCAUGAAGCCCGGCCGGUCUGCCCCGCCACGAAUUGAUCCUUCAAUAGCAAACCGCGCAUUUCUUCAACCAAAUGUGACAACGCCAGCAAGCAGUAUUGGUUCUCGUGCCCCAUCACCUCUCUCAACAUCAGCUCCUCGUUCUCCCUUACCAUCUCCUGGAGAGCGAAUAUCGCCUGACAAUGAAUCCGUGAUUGAUUUGGACUCGGUGUUCUCCUUUCCAAUGCCAGGGAAUCGAGAUCCAACUCGGAUAUCGGCACAAGGGUUAACAGGGAACGCACGUAAUCGGUCUCCAGCGCCAACGCCUUCUCCGCGCUUGGGACUUGGGCUAGAUCUGGUGCCAGAAAACAUACAGCUGCCUCCAAGCCCACUACCACCCCCACCUAGGGAGUCCGCCCAAACGCAGUUGAGCCAUCAACGCUGGGAUUCUAUGGCUAGCCAUAGCAGCUAUCGAACGUCGAUGGCAAGUACUCGUUACGGAAGUUCGACUGCCAGAUCUUCAACCCACAGCUUCUCGCGCGGCUUUCGAACCUUUAUGGAUGAGACUCCACCGCUACCGCCAGCUCCUCUUCGCACGCCAAAUAAGGCGUCUUUCCCACGAGAUUCAAAUCUAUCAGUUGGCGCAUCUUAUCGGGCAGAGACAUAUAGCGGAUUUGAUUUCGGCAUAACGACAGACACACAUACAAGCUUGGAUGACCUUCCUGAGGAACAUACGCCUAGUAUGAUCGAACCAACAGUGAAUCACGAUCAGUUCUUUGACUUCUCCAACGAUAAUUAUCUCCAUCCCACCGCCGCUAAAUCUGAGUAUGAACCAUACAGAAAGAAUUCCGAUGCUACAAGUGAAGGGGCUCUCUCGAUAACAAGCUUUGCUCGUGCCUUGGGACUCGAAGAUCACAUUCGGGAGGGAGAAAGUUCAUUAUCAUCAGAAUCUUCGACAUCCGAGACGCACAGUGGGAGCUCCAUGUCUAGUCUUCCCUCUGAUGUGAGCCUUACUAGACAUAAGCCCACUGAUCCUCUCAAUCUUGAACCUUUAGUCGAAGAAAUGCCUGCUCGGACACGGCAGACAAUUCUCGAAUUACCUGAGAGACGCACGCUGGAUGGAGUGCCUACCAUCCCGGCGGCUUUUUUCAGUCCGGACUCACCCACAGACCCAGCCAUUACUCAAGGAUCUUUGUCCUUGAUUGUCGAGAAGCGAGAUUUAAAACAACAACCAGAGCCCGCGCCAGAGCCAGAGCCAAAAGAGCCUCCAUCUCCAAGACCGAUUCAGCGAUCAGCUACAUUGCCUAUUCCUCCUACUCCAAAUCGUCCCCCGACCCGGUCUGCGACACGAAGUAAGGGCCAAUGCAAAGGUUGCGGUGAAGCAAUCACCGGAAAGUCAAUCUCAUCGUCAGAUGGCCGUCUAACAGGUCGCUACCAUCGCGGUUGCUUUGUUUGUUUUGAAUGCCACUCGCCCUUCCAAACGGCCGAUUUCUACGUUCUAAAUAAUCGUCCUUACUGUGCACAGCACUAUCACGAGCGGAAUGGAUCUCUGUGCUCCACUUGUAAUACCGGUAUUGAAGGUCAAUAUCUAGAGACUGUUGAGCCCAAUCCGAACAAGCCUAGUCGUCGCCGAUUUCACCCUACAUGUCUGCAGUGCCGUACCUGUCAUGUAUUGUUGAACGGUGACUACUUCGAGUGGAAUGGGGAGGUCUAUUGCGACCGAGAUGCUCGGCGUGCAGCAGCAGCAGCUUAUCACCCGCCACCAGCUGGUCGUCGAAGGCCUCCAGGAUCUUCUCCCUUGGCUCAAUCUCGCAGCUAUGGCCCUCCCAGUGGACGUCCCCCUCCCUCUUCCGGUCCUGGUCAGAACCUUCGUCCUGGCCCUCGCUUUCCCUCCGGUGGUGCACGACGUUUCCCUGAGCGUCGAACCACCAAGCUCAUGAUGUUCUGA